AUCAUCAUCAGCACUAUCAUCAUCAACAACAACAUCAUCAUCAGCAGCACCAUCGUUAUCAAGGGAAAGGCGAACACACGUGUUGCCUCCAUUCCCACGUCAGCUCACCUACAGGACAGCCUAUUCUGUUCAUGACACAGGUGAACACUGUACAGUCAAUAUAUUUUUUUAAAAUAAAUAUAUUUUAACGAGGGUAUUGUACGAGACUUAUCCAGUUGAGCAAUUGCAAUCGACAGUCUCCCUCACUCCCCUUAAUUACUUUCAACUCCGAGCGCAGCCGCGCAGAGAAGAAGAGGAGGCUUAAGAGAGCUAUCAUCUCACGAUGCAGCUGCUGCUGAUGAUGUUGCUGCGGCUGAUGAUGAUGAUGGUUCUGCUGGUGCCAUCUCCGAGCGAAGCCGCUCGCUCCUGGUCGCGUGUAGGAGGUGGUGGUGGCGGUGGUCGUGGUCGUGUCGUGGUGCAGGCGAGGCUGCCUUCAUCAUCAUCAUCCUCAUCAUCAUCCUCCUCGUCAUCAGCCUCCGGUUGUGCCGGGCGUUGGGUCCCGCGCUGUUGCCCCGAGCGGAACCCCGACUGCUUUGGCUACGAGAAGCGUGGAGCUCGCUGCUACUGCGACGCGGCGUGCGCAGACACUGGCGACUGCUGCGAGGACUAUCGGCGCGUGUGCGCCAGCGCAGCCACCGACUGCGCGGUGCUGAGCUGGGGCGCCUGGUCGCCUUGCAGCAGCGCGUGCGGCGUGGGCAGCCGGGAGCGCAGUCGCCAAGUGACGGUGCCUCCGCACAACGGAGGAGCCAAGUGUCCCCAACUGCGCCAGCGCCAGGGCUGCUACAGCCACUCGCUCCAGCUGUGCCAAGGAAUACGAGAAGUGGCCCAGCUGCUGCCAAACUACUACACACGGAGCACAAACGACCCCUGGAAGAGGCCCCACAUGAUGAAAAAUGAGCCCGCGACCAGCUCGUGCGUGUUCUUCCGCGUGGACGACGCGUCGUCGUCGUGUUCCAGCCGGAGCGCCGCGGCUCCGUGGCUCCGUCUCCUGCAGGCCGGGCGCAGGGUGUGCGUCGAGUGCCAGGCCGAGGCGGUCAGGCGGGGCGAAGGCCGCUGCUCGGGGGACGGCGUGAAGGGCACCAGGACGUUCUGGGCGGCCGUGUCGGUGCCCGGCUGCCGGGGUUCGUGGCUGCGCGAGCAACACCACAACGACUGCCGCUGCCCCCCACACUCAUCGCUGCUCUUCGUAUAGCGGCGAUGCACGCACGCAUCCACGCAGAGUUCACCACCCUCGUCGGAAUCCGUGACAAAAAUAUUUGUCGGUGAAGUGUUUUUUUUUACAAAUUUAUUUUCCGUUCGCUGGUGGCUGCAAAUGGCCGAAAAUCAUCAAGCGUGACGAUGACUCCGACUGUCCAAUGAACACCAAAGCUUGACCUGACUUAUGACGAGACAGAAUCAACUCGUUUUAUUGAAGGAAAAGACUGGGAUGUGUUCAAAACUGUAGUGCACGGAGGAAGACCAACAAUGUUAAUUUGUCAUGCAAGUAGAAAACCACGAACGGAGUUCACCGAUUGGCUAACAUUCUACUGAGGGGGGGUGCAAAAUUCUGCGUCCCUCACCAACAGAAUUAAGUGUGAACUAAAUGUCUUGCUUCUGGAGUUCAGUUGACGAGACUGAGAGAAUGACUCUGAAAUCCACAGACGAGGACUGGACUCGGGACUCCGCAGGUUGCCGUUGACGAGACAGAGACUGUGACUGAAAUUAAAACUGAAUUAACCUUGCGGCCGCAUCCUUGGGACGUCGCUCUCGUCUGAGUAAUGUCGACGUCCGGUCCUGUGCUUCUCUCAUUGUAUUAUUUGAGUUAGAUUUUUUUUUUCCUCCAUGACGGUAGUUCUUGCGGUAGCUAUUUAUUGCGCGGGCGUCCGUGCUCCGACCCUUGCGUUGUGAUGCUGUAAAUUCCCAACCUUCCUAACAAUUUCGGGGGGCGGGGGGGGAUUGCAAUUUUAAUUGCAUGUCUGACGUUUCCCUCCACGUCCUGGGGUUUCCAGAAUUGAAUUCACUUCCUGGAGAAGCUGCCGGCACGUGGUGCAGACCGUCACACACAAGUGCCGGAACGACGCGCGGGACAUCCCGCAAACGCAUCGGAGAUCUUCCAUGAUGCAGGUUUAUUUUGGGUUGGAUCGUGUAAAAUAUAUAAAUGUGUCGUUAAACCCGCCACCACCCGGAAGCAGUGACGUCAUCACAUCUACCCCGCUAUUUAAGGGAAGAAACAGGAGGAUUUCUCCACAAAUCUGGCUGUCGCGUGAUGAAGCUAAUUGUAUUCUACAUUUGAAGUUUUCGUGACUGCAAGGAUCCAUACUCUUUGUUUUUUUCGGUAAAGUCACGUAGGUGAAAAUAAAAUAAAGUAACUAAAUUAAAUCACGACGUUUCGGACGCAACACAAGCAUCCGUCAUCAGAUGCGACUGCUCCAGCAAAAUUACUGUAGCGUCUGAAGACAGCUAUUUAGAGACACCUGUUUUAUAUAGGGUACUGGGGGGGGGGGCAUCUCUUGAGGAAGGUUAGCGUCUCGAUAAGCUGUGACUUAUUUUUCGAUUGAAAGCUUUCGUGACUGCAGGGACUCAUCUUCCUGGUUCUUUCGGUAAAGUCACGUAGAAGGGAAGAAAUAAAACAUAAUAAAAUAAAAUAAUAUUAUAUUAUUAUGUUUUAUUUUUAUUGUUUUAUUACUUCCCUGUGACUUAUUGUCACGUUGUCUGUUAAAAACUCUAAUUGUAAUUACUGGUGAAACUUGUGGCGGGGACGACUUCUUGUCUUUUUUUUUCCGGGCCACUUUAUUCACGAUGUCAACAUUACAGCGCUUGUCUCGCUCGGCACGCCGAGAUUCCGCCGCGCGCCGCUCGUUCGCUCUCUCACUCGCCCACUCCCGGCCUCACUCUCUGCGAUCCUUCGGCCCUUCGGCUGCCGCGUCUCGCUGUCUCGGCGUGCCGACACCACGGCAGCCGCGGCGCUUAAGCGUGCCGACGUACGGACUGCGCUCACGUCCUUAGUGCCUCUACCCUGAGCCUGUACGAGUCCACACAGGGAUACUCUAGCCAGCCGCUGCUGGUCCGGCUUCAACAAUUGUCUUCUGUCUUCAGCCCAUUCCCCUCCGAACUCGUUCGCUCGUCUCUUAUUUCACCUACGUGACUUUACCGAAAAAACCCAAGAAUAUGAAUCCUUGCAGUCACGAAAGCUUCAAAUCUAGAAUCUUAUAUAGGCCUCGCGACCCUUCCAGAACAUCCUGUCCGGAAGAUUCUUCUGUGUGAUUGACAGGUACCGGUCCCUUCAAUUCCGGUCCAUCUCCUACUUGAAUCGCACCAAUGGUCUUCCCCGCACGUGGCCACUCCUGACGUUCCCCCAGCCGUGUCGCGGUGCCGUGCCCGUGGCGACUCUUGCCCAGAGGUCGCAAAUGGGUUUUGAUUCCUUAUCCGUACCUGGCCGCACCAGGGUCGCAAAUGGGUACCCGUACCCUACCCGAAAUGAGUGACAAACGGUUACUCACCAGUGACUCACGGCCUACCCGUACCCGGCCGCACCAGGGUCGGGUAUCGGGUAGGGUACGGGUAUCGGGUACCCGAUUGCGACCUCUGCUCUCGCCCACUGCCUUCUCCUGGCAGCCGAGGGCGGACACGCGGCCGUGAUAAACACGCGCGCGUUGCGCCACCACUACACAGAGUAACAAGUUGGCACGUUCUGUUGACGUGACAAACAUUACGACUUGGCUGUGUCGGAUGGUGGCGGGUUUAAUGACAUAUUUUUACGCGAUCUAACCCCCCAAAACAAAACUGUUAUGCAUGAUAUUUGUCGCGAAAGCCUACGUGUUUAAAUCCGAGAUCUUGAUUCAUUGGAAUUUUGGCCGAAUCCUGAAUGGUCUCGCGACAAGAUGAUGGAUGUUGGACGCAAACGCAAGGCAACCGUGCGAUUUUUGUAUUUAAACGAGGAGUUUACGGCAGUGACAUCGUGAUAUUUAAACAUAGGCAGUGGCCUCGUAUAUAUAUAUGUAAACGACAAAAAUGGCCAAUGCAUUAAUAUACAGCAUGCGCGCUACAUACAAACUGUACUCAAAUGUUAUGUUAUUGUUUUUCCUUACGUCGCUAUUCCGAUUUGUGUUUUGUCAUGAGCCGUCAAGUCGCUUGAAUCGGAAGAUCUGCAAGUGCCGCCAUCCUGUGGCAGAGAAAGGGACCUCGACGAUGACUCGGCUUUUAUGAAGCGUUUCCGAAGCCUCUUCAAUCGGGAUGUUUGGCCACGCUCCGGGCACACGCCGUUUCUCAUAUGCAGUGCAGAGGGGUGUGUUCGUAGCAUGCCAAUAAAAGCAGCGUUGGAAGUCCUCCACGGUUGGGAGUUUCGCCAAAUCUAAUUGAAGAAUCCCUUUUGAAAUAUCUUGCGAAAUAGGUGGAGACUGCCAUCUCUUCCUACAGCUUUGGGAAUCUGGUCUCAUCAUGGGUGGUCGAAAUUUGAAUUCGAACCCAAACACAUCAGCGGUGUCGGGGGGGGGGGGCUCGGUGUCACCCAGCCACGUCGUGCACAACCAUCUCGUGCGCAACGUGGCUAGUCGCUCCUGAGACGAGUGUACACAUUGUACGAAGUCGCACAUUUGUAAUUGUAUGCUAGCCACCAUUGGAACCACCAUUGUAUGCUAGCCACUUAUCUUAAGUGAAUCGUGCACAAUUGUGCAAAUUUUUGUUGUUGUAAAGUCAUGAUAUUGUUUUUUUUACCAUUUAGAAAUGCAGUAUUUAAAUGUUUAUUUACACCGUGUAUAAGUUUAACACACAGCUUUGAAAGGUUGGUGACUCCAUCAUUUGUCCCGUCACCACAGGGAAGGGAUCGGGGGGGUGGGGGCUGCUAAUGAAUUCACUAUCCAGAACCACAAUGCCUUCAACAUCACACAUGAAUACUGCAGUGGCAUUUCAGACUUGUCAUCAAUGGCUCGUGUGUGUUUUGUUUAAUCUACUUCUGGACGGUGGGUGAAGACGAGGAGCCAUAGACCAGAGGUCGCAAUCGAGUACCCGGUACCCGGCUGGGUACGGGUAGCUGUUUUCGACCCUGGUGCGGCCGGGUACGGGUACAGGUAGGCCGUGAGUCACUGGUGAGUAGCCGUUUGUCACUCAUUUCGGGUAGGGUACGGGUAGGGAACGGCUACCCUGGUGCGGCCGGGUACGGGUAAGGAAUCAAAACCCGUUUGCGACCUCUGCCAUAGACAGGGUAGCACAGCACAGCGAUGGGUUAUGCGGCACUGCCCUCUGCUGGCCGCAAGUUGCGUAAGUCAACGGUCAUCAGAGCGACUCGUCAACCACUCGGCGUGUCACCCACUUGACGACGUCUGGCCAUUCACUUUGGUCAACGGGCGCUUAAUUUCAGCCGGGACAGUCCGGAGGUGCUGCUCCGAGACUUAUUUUGGCACCUCACCUCUCCCCCCCCCUCCCCCAUCCUCCUGGCCUCUCUCUACGUGCACAGUCGACUCAAGGAUCGCAGCGUCUGCUUGCGAGUGGGAUAAAUAACGUCUUUCAUCUUAAAGUCAUGAUCCUUGAUCCGGGACGUGCAUUUCUCCACGUGGGCAUGAAGGUGUACGUGAAGAAUGUCCCCUUCCACAUUCGUAGGAGCCAUUUUCCCGGGACAUGCAUUUCUACAUGUAGGCAAAAAGGUUUACGUGAAGAAUGUCCCCUUCCAUAAAUUCGUAGGAGCCAUUUUCCCGGGACAUGCAUUUCUACAUUGGGGCAAAAAUGUUUAUGAGAAGAAUGUCCCCUUCCACAAAUUCGUAGGAGCCAUUUCACCCGUGAAAGGAGUCGUGAAAAAGUGGUCCUCCUUCAGGGGCAGCAAUGACUGCAGCAGUCUUAAUGUACAAGUGCUGGAUCACUCUUCGUCCUUUGGUUGGAGUGUGUCACCGCAUGACUGCAGCCUCUUGAAGUCCCCCCCCCCCUCGUGUGCCACAGUGCUGCUGCUGCUCGCUGCCGUCUGUUAAAGUGCAGCAGCAGCAGCGAGAAGACGAAAUUCCCUGCGUGGGGCAGCUGCAGAUGCAGGCCGCCAAAGCUGCUUGUAGAUGAUGCUGCCGCUUUGUCCACGAUCCGUCGUUCCGUCAGCCGCAGCCUCCGAUCCUUCUUUCUUCCUCACCAUCCUCCCUCAUCCUCCUUCCCAAUCAAGGUCCAGGAUUGGUGGCUGGGAUGACAUCAUCAUGUCUUCCUCCUCCUGAUCUCUGCAACUGCAGCCCUUAACUCGCUUACCAUCUUUUCGAUCACAUCUCAAGAUGGCCUUUCAGUUGAUGAUGUGUUGUCGCCCUUCUCUGUUUUGGUCAUGGCAUUUCCGUUGUUGGAUGGUUCUAUUGGUGAUGUAACCACCUUUUAAAAUAGUCCCUGCGAGUCACUCACGUGGGAAUGCAUAGAAUUGAUAAUGGGGGUAUCCAUAUUCUUGGUUCUUUCGGUAAAACUAAGUAGAUAGAAAACCCCAAAAAUGUAUAACAAAAAUAAUAAAUUCAAAAUAAUAAAAGCAGAAACCACAAAAAAUAACAUAGUAAAAUAAAAGUUAAACUAAAAAUAAAUUGAAAAUAAAAGCAAGAAACUCACGUUUCGAUCGCAACACAAGCGGUCUUCAUCAUUUUAAUUUAAAAUUUUGGUUUUCUAUCUACGUGACUUUACCGAAAGAACCAAGAAUAUGAAUUCCUGCCGUCACGAAAGUUUUAAGUCAAUGGGGGUAUCCACUACCGGUUGGGUUGUUCACAUUAUGCAUGCACAUCGUUCCUGUGCAUCCUGCCUAAGUUUGUGUGGACAGAAAUCGCAGUUUCUUGUUGUCUGCUCACAGUUUAUCGCCAUCGGUGUGCAGUUAAACAGUCGUGUUACUUACUAGCAGGAAGUACCCGUCUUUGCCCGGGGUAAAAAUAUGUUACGAAACUUGUAUUCUCUUAAAAACACAACAUAUGCAUACACAACUACUAAGUUUUUGUGAGAGCCCAGCGUUACUUAUAACAAUAGGGGUUACCCCUUUUUUUGGCAGUAAUACAAUAGUUAAGAUGUUAAAACGCAACUGAAAUGAGGAAUCAUGUCACUGCAUUCACCGCAUAUACUUCUGGUCAACAUGCAAACACCAUGCUCUGGUAGUAUAUGAUAAUGCAUUGUCUUUGAAACUGAUUGGUCCACACCAGAGACAGCUUUCUUUAGUGCCUAGUCACAAACGGUGUUGGAGCAGAGGAAAACGCCAAAAGGCGUUAUAGAAAGGGUAUGAAACCUGAUAUUGAUAUACUAGCAAGGGGAGGUCCUGUGAAGUGUAUUAACCUGAUGAUUCGCUUCCACUAAGCCUGCAGCUACCCUGUAGCUACCCUGUAGCUAGCCUAUGUGCAACUGACGGCGUGCAGUCGUAACCAGUGUCAUCUCUGGGGGAGAGACAAAGGCGGCUGGGCAGACGACAACCACCCACUCUGUGUGGAACAUUGCUGGCCUCCAUAGGCGCUGUUACUGCUCGCCACUAAUAGCCACUUGCCCCUACAGUCUGUUAGAGGCUACACGUGGGAUCUUUGUCUGUGUAGGUGCUGCUACUCGCUACUAACAACACUUGCCUCUACAGCCUGCUAGAGGCUACACGGGAGCUUUGUCUUGUGUGUAUGUGAACGUGGGGAGCGGUGGUGUAGUGGUUAGCGCUACGCUGCGCUACGAACCCGGCGACCCGAGUUCGAUUCCCGGUCACGGCCGGCACCGGUGACGAUUAUCUGAACCGGCCCUGGGCCUCCCCUAGGUAGACUCGGCCUUAAAUCAACACCUGGUGCGGGGAGACAAAGGCGGCCCGGCGUGGGGCUGGCCACCCACAAUUAACCACGUGACGGGUGUACAAGUCCGGUUAAUCAAUAACCCUGCCAGCCACCCACAGGCCCAACUCAGUCAUCGCAUGCUGGUGUACACACGUGCAUGGAUGUACUGGACAGCACGUAAGGACUUUCACAGGACCACACUUUACUCCCUUGCUGCACGAGGAAAUUAUUGAAUGAGUGGCCCAUUCAUAAUGUGCCACACCUGCCGAAACAACUGGUAGAAUAAUACAGGGAGUGUGAUGGAUGGGUGUAUAGCCUGCACUCCUCUUGUUAGUGCCUUACUCCGUUGAUCCCCUUACAGUAAAAUGUACUCCCGAAACAGCCCCUUAUUGGCAGCGUUGCGGAAAAAUAUUGAAGAUAAAAUUGAACCACCUCCGGUGAACACGUGACUGGAUGUACUGGUUGUAUUACUGUGUUGUGAAACGGUUGUUGCAAUUAAAGUUUUAAUUUAGCACCGUA